CGUCGGGGCGCGGAGGCCGGCGGCGGGGGGCGGGCGCUCGGCAGCGGCGGCGGCGGCUCCGCGGGUGCUCGGCUGCAGCGGGAGCGCGGGGGAGCCGAGCGGCGGCCCCUCCGCCCUCCUCGUCCCCGUCCCCCAUGAGGCCCGAGUGAGCCUGGCGCCGCGCUCCCGCCUGCCCGCGUCUCUCGGCCGAGCGCAGCGGCCGCGGCUCCCCCCGGCGCGGCGGCGGAGGAGCAUGUCGGACGGUUUUGAUCGGGCCCCAGGUGCUGGUCGGGGCCGGAGCCGGGGCCUGGGCCGCGGAGGGGGCGGGCCGGAGGGCGGCGGUUUCCCGAACGGAGCGGGGCCUGCGGAGCGGCCGCCGCAGCCCAAAGCCCCGGGCUUCCUGCAGCCGCCGCCGCUGCGCCAGCCCCGGACGUCCCCGCCGCCAGGGGCCCAGUGCGAGGCCCCCGCCGGCCCCCCGCGGCCCGCGGCGCUCCCAGAACAACCGCGGCCCCCGAGAGCUCCACCCGGUUCUCAGGAUAACUUCCCGAGGCAGAGCCCCGAGUCAGCAAUGGCCAAACCCCAGGUGGUCGUAGCUCCGGUGGUGAUAAUGUCUAAGCUGUCUGCGAACGCCCCUGAGUUUUACCCAUCGGGUUAUUCAUCUAAUUAUACGGAAUCCUAUGAGGAUGGUUGUGAGGAUUAUCCCACUCUAUCAGAAUAUGUUCAGGAUUUUUUGAAUCAUCUUACAGAACAGCCUGGCAGUUUUGAAACUGAAAUUGAACAGUUUGCAGAGGCCUUGAAUAGCUGGGUUACAACAGAUGAUGCUUUGCAGGAGCUUGUGGAGCUCAUCUAUCAGCAGGCCACAUCCAUCCCAAAUUUCUCUUAUAUGGGAGCUCGUCUGUGUAAUUACCUGUCCCAUCAUCUCACAAUUAGUCCACAGAGUGGCAACUUCCGCCAAUUGCUGCUUAAAAGAUGUCGGACUGAAUAUGAAGUUAAAGACCAAGCUGCAAAAGGGGAUGAAGUAACCCGGAAGCGUUUUCAUGCAUUUGUGCUCUUUUUGGGAGAACUUUAUCUUAACCUGGAGAUCAAGGGAACAAAUGGACAGGUUACAAGAGCAGAUAUUCUUCAGGCUGGUCUUCGGGAGUUGCUGAAUGCCCUCUUUUCUAAUCCUGUGGAUGACAACUUAAUCUGUGCAGUAAAAUUAUUAAAGUUGACAGGAUCAGUUUUAGAAGAUGCCUGGAAUGAAAAGGGAAAGGCUGAUAUGGGGGAAAUUAUUCAAAGAAUUGAAAAUGUUGUCCUAGAUGCACAUUGCAGCAGAGAUGUGAAACAGAUGCUCCUGAAGCUCGUAGAGCUCCGGUCAAGUAAUUGGGGUAGAGUUCAUGUAACCUCAACUUAUAGAGAAGCAACACCUGAAAAUGAUCCUAAUUAUUUUAUGAAUGAACCAACAUUUUAUACUUCUGAUGGUGUUCCUUUCACUGCAGCUGAUCCAGAUUACCAAGAGAAAUAUCAAGAGUUACUUGAAAGAGAAGAUUUUUUUCCAGAUUAUGAAGAAAAUGGAACAGACUUAUCAGGGGCUGGUGAUCCAUACUUGGAUGAUAUUGAUGAUGAGAUGGACCCAGAGAUAGAAGAAGCAUAUGAAAAGUUUUGUUUGGAAUCAGAGCGUAAGCGAAAACAGUAAAGCUAAAUCUCAGCAUAUCAGUUUUAUAAAGCAGUUUAGGUUAUGGUGAUUUAGCAGUCCACAGGAAAAUAAGAAAAUUUGUCAUACCAAAUUAAGGAUCUUGAGUUAUGUUACUAAUGUAUGUAACUUUAAUUUUGUUUAACACUAUCUGCCAAAAUAAACUUUAUUCCCUAUAACUUAAAAUGUAUAUAUAUAUAAUAGUUUAUUAUGUACAGUUAAUUCCACUGUUUUGGCUGCAAUAAAAUCAUUUUUGAAAUAAACGUUGAAAGUAAAUUUUGCUAGCUGGCUAGAAAGUUAUCCUUUAAAUUCUACUUUCCUUGAGGGAAAAAGUUUUUGUUUGGAAAUACAUAUUACUGCAAAAAUGUAGCAUCCUUUUUUUAGAUAUGAGUGUCAUAGCUUUCAUUUAGUUUUACAAUGGUGUCUCAAUAAAUUUGUUUUCAAAUAUGAAUCACAAUCAUUAAAUUCUUUACCAUUAAAGUUUUAGACUAUAUCAUUAACAACUGACUUACCUAUCCAGCUGCUAUUUGAUACCAGGGAUUUUUAAAAUGUCAUUAAAAAAAUUAGAACUCCCAAGUAAACUAAGAUUCUUUAUUGAGGGUUUGCUAUUCUAGAAUUACUUUUUUUUUUUAAGCCUAACUUCAUUUUCUUCAAACCUAGAGCUUUAUUUGGCCUUUUCAUUUUUCACUUUGUAGCAUGAGUUGCAUUGACUUUUUACUGGAGAGUUUUAUGUCACUCAUGUUCUCAUCGGCUUUAUAAUUGAUACACCUUACAGAUCAGUUUUCUAAUACUUUUACUAUAAUGUGGUACCACCUUGGCCCUAGUAUUUUUAUGUAAUGUCAAAUCUUUUUUCCAACUAACUAAAAAGUAAAACUUAUGUACAAAAGGAUUGCUUGUAAAUAUGCAUGUAAAUAGUGAAUAACCCACUGUUUUACAUUUGGUACAUCUGUGUCUGCUAAUACAGGUGGCUGUCUCACUUUUCUGCUUGUUUUCUUCAGUCUGAAUUAAAAUUAGACUUUGAAAAUAAAAUUUAAAUAGUUUUGUUUCCUCUUAA